GACAAGUUAGCAUUGCAGGCACAGUAAUAUUUAACACAAACAGUUAACAAUAUGGGUUGUUUUUUUUUUUGUUUUUUAAGAGGAACUUAAACCUUACCCAUUCACACAGACUUGCUGUAUGUUCAGGAUGAUUUGGAUUUAUCAGACUUUUUAUUUCAUUUUCUUACUUGCUUCAGUUUACAGUGAAUGUGUGACACAGAUCUAUGAAAAUACUUACUUCCAAGGAGGAGACCUCACUACAGUUUUCACACCAAGUGCCAAUUACUGUCAAAUAGUUUGUACUUACCAUCCUACCUGCCUGCUCUUCACAUAUUUGCCGGUGACGUGGACUAAAGAUCCUGCACAGAGGUUCUCCUGCUACUUAAAAGACAGUGAUACUGAAAUGCUACCAAAAGUGAAGGUGGAAGGAGCUAUUUCUGGACAUUCUUUAAAACAAUGCAACGUCAAAAUUAGUGCUUGCAGUCCAGAUGUCCACUUAGGAUUGGAUAUGCAAGGAGUAAAUUAUGACAUUAGUAUGGCUGACAGCUAUCAACAGUGCCAAAAAAGAUGCACCAAUGACAAGCACUGCCAUUUUUUUACAUAUGCCCGAGGAACAUUCCAUGAUGCAAGCUUUCGUGAAAAAUGCUUCUUGAAACAUACCAGUUUAGGAACUCCAACCAGCAUAAGGGUGCUUGAUGAGGUUGUGUCUGGAUUCUCCUUAAAGCCAUGUCAGCUUUCUGAAUUAGAUUGUCAAAUGGACAUUUUUGAACAUGAAGAAUUUUCAGGAAUGAAUGUUACAAGUUUUUUCACUCCUGACACAUUCGUCUGCCAAACUAUUUGUACUUAUUUUCCAAACUGCUUGUUCUUUACAUUCUUCACCAAGGAAUGGCAAAUAGAAUCCCAAAGAAAUCUUUGCCUCCUGAAAACAUCAACAAGUGGAAUACCAGAGGCACUUACAUUACGAGAAAAUGCUAUUUCAGGUUUUGGUCUCCUAAAUUGCAGAAGAUACUUUCCUGCCUGCAAUUCUCGCACUUAUGUGCAUAUGAAUUUUGUGGGAGAUGAACUCAAUGUCACUUAUACUAAAGGACCCAGAGCUUGUCAGCAGGUUUGCACAGACAUGAUCCGCUGCCAAUUUUUUACUUACUUUCCCCUCCAAGAGUCGUGCAAUGAGGAAAGAAAGUGUGAGUGUCAUCUAAGAAUGUCCUCAAAUGGAUCUCCAGUGGAAAUACAGCAUGGGCCAGGAAGAAUCUCUGGAUACUCACUAAGACUAUGUAAAAAAAAGGCCAGUACUGUAUGUAUGCAGCAUUCUUCAAGAAAUAUUAGGAUAAUUGGAGGGACGGAUUCUUCCCCUGGUGAAUGGCCAUGGCAAGUAAGCUUACAUGUGAAGCUAUCUCGCCGGAGACACCUCUGUGGGGGCUCUAUCAUAAGUAACCAGUGGAUCCUUACAGCUGCCCACUGUUUUGUGAGAUUUCAGCCCUGGGAAUAAUAUCUAGACUUCUGAGUACUCAAAGCUUUGCUAAUUUGCAUGGAUGUAUACAUGGAUAUGGACUAUAUAUCACAUGGAUAUAUAGUAGGUACUGUUAAUGACCACAAAAUUGUUAUCACAUUUAAGUCGUGAAAUCAUGUGUGUUGUGAAAAGCUGUUAUAAGGAUCUUGCACAUGAUUUAUAUCCUCGCUAGAUGAUCACACCCUGUAAAGCAGGUAGGCCUGCCAUUUACAGACUGAAAAUUGUAAGGCUGUUUGUUGAGUCAGUGUAAUGUCAGAAUGGCACAGGUAGUGUAAAAUGCUUUAAAGAAUAAAAAAUUAUUGAGGCUAAAAUCAGAUGCUUUUAUGCAAGCAUUUUUGUACAUUAUCCCUUAUUGUUUCUGUGUAAUGAAAUAUUGUCAAAGCCAGUUGACAAACCUUAUAAAAGUGGAUAACCCCACGUAAGACUCAGAAAAAUCCAGUAUAGGGAAUAUCAUUCUCUACCUUCAAUCCAGUAUUGUAGAGUUACCAGCAUUUUAAAGGACAAAAGGAGAACUUGUCUAAAGAGUAAAAAAGUGUAGACUGUGUUCAUUAGAAAUGACUAAGGUCAACUGAUAUUUAUGAAUAUACACACAAAAUGUUCAAAACAAUUUUUUAAAUAUUGAAGACAGGUUUUGCAGCUUCUUUGAUGCAUGUAUCAAAAAUUUUAGGUUGCCCUAAUAAUAGAGCACCACAAUGAAAUAACCCUUAAAUGGACUCAAAGAAAAGUUUUAAAAUUAUAAAUAUUAAGUGGAACGUUUUAUAUUGGUCUGUGGUAUUGUAUUUUCUAUUUUCUUUUAUUUUGGUGUCUGAAUAGAUUCUACUUGAGUUUGUUUUUCCACCUCUAUUUUGGUUACUACAGAUGUUGUACUGGAAUGAGAAUGGAAAGAAUCUCUUUUACUUUCUCAGGAUUUGUGUUAGACUCUUGAAGAUAAAAAUAGUAAGAGCAGAGUGAAACAGAAAAUGAAAAAAGGCAGAAGGGGAAAUUGGGUUAAAAAGGGUCAGAACAAGAGUCUGACUGUAAGGGAGAGGAAAGACUGGUGUGGUGCUGAAAAUACAGAUAAAAAGAGGAAGAAAAUAAAUGAAAAGUGGGAGGAAUGGAUAAGAGAAAUCUGUUUUUAGGUUUGAGAAUGUGAAAAUACGACUGGGAAGAGUAACCUCAGUGCUGUUCACUGUACACUCAGAGGGUGCUGGCACCUGCACCAAACUAAAACAGUGCAAAUCUCUGU